UCAAUUUUGUGCAUCUCAUAGCUAUGUAACCAAUCCAAUAAUCUAGUAACCAAAACAAAACCGAAUCAAAGAAUCGAACUUUAAUUUCACGAAAUCAACGUAAGAACUUUACUUGCGGGGUGGUUCGGGUUGGUUUCGGGGCUGAGCGGUGUCGUUUCGGAGCUGUUCGGGGACCAUCGAGCAGCCACCGGACAACAACAAGGGCAGCGAUAGCAGGCGCCGAACUUGGCGCUGCUGUACGUCAGCGGUGACCCCACGUGGCGUGCGACGGAGGGGUGAGCAGUAGCUGACCGACGAGCAGAGGCCGCCGGCGUGGGGGUUGGCGCGAUGGUGGAGGGUCUGGACGCGCGGCAGCAGCGUCUCCCGGCGCCGAACGACGGCGAUUUCACAGCAGCGACCGUCGGCGAACAGCAGCGACGGCGAUGCACGGCGAGGUCCGUUGCUAUCUAAAUCGGAGGCGACGAACAGGCUGACCGCCGGCGAGCCACGACGAAUUCUGGAAUUGGGCGUUUGGAAAUCGAAUGGAUUGUUGUAAUCUGAGAUAGAGUCGAAGGAAUAUUAGAGACGACGUGCAACGGAGGAACGAUCGACGGCGUCGUGGGGUGAAUUGGAGAAAGCCGACGGAAAUUGGGAGAGAGUAGUACCGGUUUGGUCGAUUAGAGAGAGAGAGAAGCGUGGGCAAAAUUCCAAGAAAGGAGUUCAUGACAAAAUGUAUCCGCCAUUUGGACCCUGAAAAUAAAACUUUCCAGCCAUGGUAUAGACGCGAGAAGCUCUCGCGUGUUUUAAAUUGAAACACGCAUAUUCCUCUCGCGUGUAUUAAAAGAAAGACGCGUCUUCUUCUCGCGUGUUUAAAGCAAACACGCGACACGCUCUCGCGUGUUUAAAGCAAACACGCGACACGCUCUCGCGUGUCUCUCUUGCUUCCAAAAUACGUCCAGAAGGCAGAACAGACCCCAAACACGCGACGCAGAUCCGAAAGCAGCGAAAAUCGGCGAAAGCAGCGGCGAAAAUCCCAUAUUUAGCUCUCCCAUUCCAAUUUGAAGUGUUGUUAGGAUGUCCCGAUAUGGACCAGAAGAUCCUUCUGUUUUGCAUUAUCAGCACAGUCAUAUAUCGCGCAAGGCGUGGGCAGGGCAGGAAACAACCUCUUUCAAUAUUUGGCGCUUUGAAGGACAUUUCUGGGAAAUCGAUAAUCAUCACAGACGCGUGAUUGAUUAUGUCUGUAGAUUUGGUUUUGGUGGAAUACUUUUCUGUGGUAAGGCUCUGGAUGUAGAUCAUGCGUUGAUCACAGCUUUGGUUGAGCGCUGGAGGCCAGAGACACAUACAUUCCAUCUUCCCGUAGGGGAAACUACCAUUACAUUACAAGACGUACAAAUAUUAUGGGCAUUACGUGUUGAUGGAGUACCCUUCACUGGAAAUGGGUUUUGUGAAUCUGGGUGGAGGGGUUUAUGUGAAGAGCUCUUGGGCUUCUAUCCCCUUCAAAGCGAGAUGAAGGAAAACGGUAUCUUGGCAUCCGCGCUAAUACAUAGGAUGGCGAUUGAACCGUUAGGAGAUGGUCUCGAAGACGAAGCCUACAUUCAACGGGCACGUAUGAUUGUGCUUGUGCUAUUGGGAGGGUUGAUCUUACCCGACGGCUCAGGGUGUAAGAUACCUCUCAUGUGGUUGACCCAACUUCGAGAUGUAGAGGCUGCCUCUAUGAUUAGUUGGGCGAGUGCUGCACUUGCUACAUUAUACCAUAAUCUGUGUGAGGCGUCUAUGGGCAAAAGGACAGACAUUGGAGGUCCGACGGUGCUCCUACAACUUUGGGUGUGGGAGAGAAUGCCCACUUUGAGACCGGAUUUUGUAGCGGCACGUCUACAUACAAACAACACUCCAUGUGCCUUAAUGUGGACUGGCUCCUAUAUGAUAAACAGAGCCCCCAAACAUUCGGUUCGACAUUAUCGUGAACAGUUGUCAUUACUCCAAAAUAGCCAGUUUAUUUGGAUGCCCUACGUGGACCGACAAUUGCCAGACUCCUGCCUCGAUAUGAACAACAGUUGGAGAUCUGUGACGUACAUUGUGUGUUGGGCUAUUGUAGAAGCACAUGAACCUGAACGCGUGGUUAGACAAUUUGGAGGCACGCCGUUCAUCCCGGAAUUGCGUGAUUGGGGUUUCAAUGAAACUCACUUCAAAACCAAUCGGCGUGGAAAGGCUAAGACGAACUGGGCUGUGCAGAACAAGGCCUACAUCCAAUAUUGGGAGAGAAGGUCUGAGUUCGUUACUAACGCUUACAUGGAGCCUCUUGCAGACCACGUGCAGGUGAUGAGGACUCGACAAUACAUGGAGUGGUAUUUUAAAAUUACCAUUACAUAUAUCACGCAGCCGGGUAGGCUUCCAGAAGUAGGGAUGAACACUGUUGCAUCAGCAUCUACAGUCCAGGCGGAGACAUUGGCACGUAUAGUUCAUAUGUCACGCGGUUUUGACCCAGCAGACGCUGUAGGAUUGUUGCACGAGAUUAACAGUCUUGCUCUUAACUGCCUCACCGAGUGCGGUGAGAGUGAACGCACGAUCAUACCUUCCACACAGCGCACUGAUGUGGAUAUGUCCCGGGGGUUUAUCCGAAGAGCUCGCGGUAUUGGCCAGAGAGGUAUCCGAACAGGCGGGCAUGGUUAUUCACGGCAUUUCAGAAUGUCCCAAGACAUGCCAGGGUCAUCACAAGCAGCAAAUGAAGAAAAUAUUAAUUCAGAUGACAACAUAGAUUUGGAUGCACUCAUCGACAAUUUUGCUGGUGAGCCCGAAAUGCAAAAUCCACCAGCACCAGAUCCCUCUAGUUGGUUUCCUACUUGGUCAGACGCGCCACAGUCUAGUUGGGUGACUCCAUUAGAUAGAGCUGGGCUACCAUGGAAUCCUACUACACAGGAUUCAUUCUUUUCAGAUGUCCGUAUCGUGCACUCUCCGACAAAUGAUGAUGAUGAUGAUGCUGCUGAUGAUGAUGAUAAUGAUGAUGAUGAUGAUGAAGAUGAUGAUGAUGUUGCUCCUAGGAGUAGUGCCUACAUAGAGCGCCCCACGAGGAGAGAGCAUAUUGACCCUCCUAGGAGUAGUGUUCAACUCGAUCGACCUAGUAGCAGUUCACAUACAUCCCGUCCCGAUAAGGAACGCUCCAGACCAAGUUUGUCUCAGACAAUUAUGGGUAUGUUCCCACGUAGAAGGUCUAGCCGUGACAACAGAGGAAAAGGCCCGAGUAAAUAUACACCUUCGUCAUUUAAGUAGAAUAAUAUCAUUAGAUGUAUUGUAUAUUUAUUACUGGUGGAUUGAUGUGAGAUGUACUUUUGACUUAUUAUAUGUUGGUAGAUUUGAGAUGUACUGUUGAGUUAUUAUAUGUUGGUUGAUUUGAGAUGUACUGUUUGUUUA